CGUGAGUGCGGGAGUGCGCACGAGUACGCAUCACAUACAGUCAUAGCUCAGGUAGGUGCGGUGAAGGGAUGUAAAGACCUGACUUCUCCUGUGCCCUACCGUAUGCUGCUCUGCUGCUGACGGAAAGGACUCUCUGACGUAUGACUGCGAAGACCGAGAUGGCGACGGGAGUAUCGGGAUCCUACCAGGGCCAGGCUGCCAGCAGCGCAACAAGCACCGCCAUGUUGCUAGCUGCUCCUCCAGAUGCCGGUAUUGCUGCUGCUGGAAGCGAUGAGAGGGGGAUAAAGGCUGUUGGUAGCAGUACCCCUAAUGGUUCUCUAUCACCCCAGGUAACAGCUGUGGGCAGUGCCGCCUCGGUAAAACUUGCGGUAUCUUUGCCUCCGGCACCCGCUGUACAAGGGACUGACAACGACGCCGAUGGCCGAAGCAAGAGGACAGAGGCCGCGGGAAGCAAGUUGGAGGAUGCGUACGAGAAGAACGAGCAAGAUCAACUGCUCCAUGCGGCGGACGAAGCACUGGCGAGGUUGUACGAUACGCACGAUACCUGGUUUGGCAGUGAUAAGCAGAGGCGAUUGGAGGUCCAAGCACGGGAAGUUACGGAGGCGCUGUCGCGAGUGGGCAAUGUCCGCGGCUUGAGCAAGCGGGCUCGUGUUUCCUAUAUCAGGGGCCGAGCGUUGGAUGUGUUCACCAAAUUCAACCCAGCCGCCGAGAAAUGCUUGGCCAAAGCGGUGAAGCUGCAUCCGUCUGACCCCGACGGUUGGACCGCUCUGGGGCAUUGCUACUGGAAGAAGCCCGACCUCUUCGCGGCCAAGCGUUGCUUCCUUACCUCCCUCGAAAAGGCAAGGAAGGCAGACACACUGCGGCAGCUGUCUAUGCUCUUGAGGCAGAUGCCGGGCACGGCGGAAGAGAAGGGCGCCCAAGUACAGGAAAGCCUGCGGUUCGCGAAGGAGGCAGUUACUCUGGACAUCGGGUGUGGCGACUCUUGGUACGUGUUGGGUAACGGCUACGUGGCCUCCUUCUUCAGAAGCUCCAGGGGAAUCAAGGACCUCGACCGGGCUUUGCAGGCAUACAAGAAGGCGGAGGCCUACGGUGGUGAGGAAGGAAACCCCGACCUGUUCUUCAACAGGGCCCAGGUGUUUCAGUACCGAGAGGACUACCCCGAAUCUAUUCGGGACUUAAGGCUUGCACGAGAGCUCGACCCAUUGCUUCCGGUUAAUCAGGCGCUGCACUCCAUUGAGGCUGGGGUUGACCGGCUGUCAAAACUGGUCGAGAAAAAGGGAGGCCUCAAGACGAAACGCUUAUCGCAGCUGAUUGCGCUGCUUCGGGGGGAGUCGCUCCGAAGUGGUCUUGGGGACACCUAUCGCUUGGUGGGCCUGAGAGAGCUACGCUUGGGGAGAAACAUGGGUGUGGCGGUUGCGCUGAAGGUCGUCAUGCCCGCGGGGCAGAGCUCACAGCCGCCGGAGCGCUUGGUCGUGGUGGACCGCAGCGGGGAGUGCGCGGUCUUGUCCCUGUACUCGGUCUCGACAGAGGCGUAUGAGAAAAUCCAGAGCAGAGAUACGCUGGUGGUGAGAAACCCGGACUUCAGGACCAUCUCCCUCGGCACGCGGCCGCCGGCCUCGUUUGCCCAAAUAAAGAGGGCGGGACUGGCGCAUGAUAAACCAAUGAACGCAAUCGAGGCACCCUCUACUGUCGCCGACACCAACGGGGGGAGCGCCACCGGUAAGAACGGUGGUUGCUCAACGUACGAUGACAGUGUUGUCGCCGACCAGAGUGCUAACUCGACGAAAAGCCUUGCCCGAGUGGAGGCUGCUCCGCUUCCUCCUCGUGGCGCCAACGAAACAUCAGCAAUGAACACGGGUGGCGUUAAGAAAGACGGCGGCAUUGGAAUACGUCCAGACAGCGGGCAGAACCGUGCGGCGACGGCGGCUGCCGCCUCCGACGAUUGCCAGACUCGAAGACCGGGGCGAGGAACAGAACGGAUUCAUUCUGGUGUGGGUGCGCCGCCGAACACCGUCGCUGUUGCUGUGCCGACGGUUUCGUACCCUGGUAUUCAAGCCGACCCGGCGCAGGUGCUGCUUAACGGCGAGACCAUGGCCGCGAGCUUCGCACCGCCCGCGGUGUCCUUGGCCGCCUUCGAUAAGUGACGCGAGAGCAUCCGAGAACUACUACUACACUUGUUUUUCCUCGCGACAGGUGGAAACUAUUAAUAAUACCACGAGGUUAUAGAAAUACGCCGGCCGUGUGACUACGACGCAGAAGCUCGAGAAUGUAGAGCUGGGCGACAUACUUCGGAGUAUGUCGUAGGAAAGAGCUCGCAGCAGUGUACUUGGUAACGAUAGUUCUACCGAAGUCUUGGGUACGCU